ACAGAAGCUUGUGUCAGUGUGUGACUCUGCGGAGAUGAUGAGACCUGCAGCUGUGUUGGAACUUGUGUGCGUGGUGUUUGUUCUUCCUAAUUCAAAGCAUGCUGAAGCAGCACUCCCCCCAGAGUGUGAGCCAGGCGGCCACUACAUUCUGGAAAACCCCCAACGCAUCACCACCUUCAGCUCCAGCUGGCUGCAGCAGUCAGCUCCGCAGGACAUCAUCUGUGACCACUCUAUCACUCCAGGCUGGUAUCAGUUUAAGCUUUUUGGCAAGCCUGCCAGCAUGCUCACUCACUGUGUAGAGGUGAACCACUGUGGUACACAGGCCCCGGUGUGGCUGUCCCUGGAUGAGCACGAGUCCCUGCCGGGGCCACUGGAGGUCAUGCAGCUCACAGCCUGUGCCGCCUGGCAGUUAUCCCCAAGUGUCAGCCAAGACUGCUGCCUAUUCCGCAUCCCAGUCGGUGUUCGCAACUGUGGAGAGUUCUACAUCUACUUUCUCCAGCCCACGCAGGGAUGCAUGGGAUACUGUGCACAGGAGGUGUCAGACUCUUUACCCACAACAUCCAUGGCGUGUGGGCCUGACGAGGUGAACGUGGAUGGAACAUGUCAAACCAAGCUGCCUCCCACUCCAUCUGUACCUGUGAUUGUCUCAGAGGCGACAGACAGUGUCAUCCACCUGAAAUGCAGCUUUGACAGCAGUACCAACAGCUCACUGGGUUAUGUGGUGGGUUGGUUCCGCCUCUCUCCUCAGGGCACCAAGGAAGAGCUCAAACAGGAGGCCACCUUUCAGACCACCAACUUCAUUGAGCUGGAUGGCUUCAACCUCCACCUCGGGGACAAGAUUUACUGCUCCACCUCCAGUUUCUUCUUGGACUCCCCGAGGAUCCGGAGUGCUUCAGUGGAAAGUCCGGAGUUUGUUGCUGGAAUUAAGUUAAGACCUGAGGUGAGCAUUGUGUCUGAGGAUGCGAGGCUGUAUGAGCUUGUGGUUGAGAGCACAGUUCCUGUUCCAUGUGUGGAAGGUUCUUCCUCCUCUGCAGAACAGUGCACUUUGUCCCUGCAGCUCAGCACACACAGUGAGGGUGAAGGAUUUUUGGGUGCAGAUCUGUCCCUUUCUUCCUGUGUGGUGGAUCUAUCCCAGGGUUCCUGCAAGGAUGGUGUGUGCAGUCAAGCGCUGAUUUACUUUAGUCCUGUCACUGACUUUCUUAAAGAUGGUGACCGGGCAACCCAAAUCAGCGUCAAACCAGUUGUCACACAAAAUUCUCUCUGGAAUGGAUACUCACCGGAACCUGCUCAGAUAAUAGUGAAGGACAUCCCUUCUUCCUACUGCUACUCCUUCACUGAUCCUCACAUGAUCACAUUUGAUGGAAGGCAUUAUGAAAAUUAUCAGAUUGGCACAUUUGUUCUUUACAAGAGCAAUCUGUGGCCAUUUGAGGUCCAUGUCCGCCAGUGGGAGUGUGGCAGUGUGGUACAAGCUGCUUCCUGUGUGUGUGGAUUUGUGGUGAGGGACGGCAGUGAUGUUAUCGCUUUUGACAUGUGCAAUGGAGAAAUGGGUGACACUAAGCCUCACCUCUCUGUCAAGAAGAAAGAUCUGAACAAGAGUGGCAUUCGCAUCACCGAGUCCUACCAGGGACGCAAAGCCACUAUGACCUUUUCAUCAGGAGCGUUUGUUCGUGCAGAUGUGUCCGACUGGGGAAUGAGUUUGACACUCAGAGCCCCCAGUUCAGACCGGAGUCACAUCGAAGGACUGUGUGGGACAUACGAUGGACAACCAGACAACGACUUCCACUCAGUAGGGGGCACCACUCUGGAGGAUGUGCACUCUUUUAUAGCAGAAUGGAGGCUUCCUUCAGGCACCAGUCUGUUUGACACCGUACCCUCUGAUCUGAGUACAAUGAACCCACACAAGUUUUGUAACUGUCGGCCAAGCUCUCACUUCUCAUCCAAAGCUCAAUCUAAACCAGUUACUUUCAUUGGCUCUGCCUGCUCUCACCAUGGCAACAUACAACUCCCCACUAUCAUCCCCACUCUGGAUGUCACAGCUGAGUACAUAGAUUCAGUGGAACUGCUCAAAGGUGACAGAAAUGAGAGAUGGUUACCACAACCAGACGAAAUCAGCCAAGCUGAAAGAGAAAUGACAACCUCCAGACUCCAGGAUAGAGCUGUGACCUCACCUGACCAACACCCACAGCCCAGAGGCAGGCAACAGUCCUUCCAUAACAAUUCCCCUUCUCCGUAUCAAAGUCUAAAAAGUGUGGCUUACUUCUUCCCAGAAGACCAUGAGCAGACGGUGCUUCUGGAGACUUCCUCAUCCCUUUCAUGGCCCACACCCUCAGGCCUCACAGAGCUGCAGGCACGGGCUCAGUGCCAGAAUGCUGUGGCAAACUCCAGCAUUGUAUUAGGGUGUAGACGCCUGAUAGGGGAGCCUUUAGUUAGCCGUGUGAUGGCUAUGUGUGUUACUGACCUACAGUUGAAGGAUGACCUGUCAUGGUUGAAUGCAACGUUGCCACUACUGGAGAAUGAAUGUGAAAGGAGGUUGGUGGAGGAGAGGAGGAAUGAUGAAGACUACCAGGACAUUGUGGCCAUCCUCAAGUGUCCCAAUCUGUGCAACGGCAAUGGACAGUGUUCAGAGUGGGGUUGUGUCUGUUUCCCAGGAUUUGGGUCUUACGACUGCAGCAUACUGUCAGACCAAAUCCCAGAGAUUUCUGAGCUGAUGAAGGAGGGUCUGUGUGACAUCAGACAGCGAAAUUGUUCCACCGUCCAGAUCUAUGGUCAAGGCUUCAGAGACUCCUACGACCUCAAGUGUGAGUUUGUUAAAGAAAAGUUUGUGGAUGGGGAAUGGGUUCUGGAUGAUCCCCGGUUUGUCCGAGCCACCUUCCUGAAUUUGACAGUUUUACAGUGCCUGCUCCCCCUCGAGGACAGUCAGGCUCCUGCAGGCUUGGACAUGGAGACGCCAACAGAUCAACCACUGGCUCGCUGGCAAAUCAAAGUGUCUAAUGAUGGCUACAGCUACAGUAACGCUAAGAUACUGACUCUGUAUGAUGGAGCCUGUCAGAUUUGCCGCCUCACCACUGAAGUAAUCUGUACUCUGAAGGAAAAAACUUGCAUCAUUGAUGGUCUGUGUUACAGCGAAGGCGAGUCUAGUCCCAGCAGCCUUUGCCUCUCAUGCCGCCCUGAUUCCUCCAAAUACAUGUGGUCAACAGCAGAACAGAACGAGCCUCCAGUGCUGCAGUCUUCGUUCCAUCUUCACUCCUUUCAAGGGGAGAAUUUCAUCUAUCAGCUGCAGGCUCAGGACCCGGAAGGCUCAGUGUUACUCUUCAGUCUGGAAUCAGGUCCAGAAGACUCGUCCUUGUCCUCAGCAGGAGUCCUGAGCUGGAAAGCCACAGCUGAGCCCACCAACGUGCACAUGUUCAACUUUACUGUGAUGGACGACUGUAACGCUGAGACCAAAGGCUCAGUGCAGGUGUCUGUGAAUGCCUGUGAAUGUCUGAAUGGUGCUUCGUGCGUGACAAACAUCAAGCUCCCUGCUGGCACUGGGGAAUAUCUGUGUGUGUGCCUCAAUGGAUUUAAAGGUGAAAGGUGUGAGGUGGAUAUUGAUGACUGUAAACCAAACCCCUGCAGACUGGGUCGCUGCAUUGAUGGCCCCAAUUCCUUCUCCUGUAUCUGCCCGCCGGGAAUGACAGGCCGAACAUGUAGAGAUGAUUUGGACGAGUGCAUCUCUCAGCCAUGUUUCCCAGGAUCGAGCUGUCACAACACGCUGGGCUCUUUUCUCUGUGGAUCCUGUCCACAAGGCUACAGCGGCGAUGGCAAAACCUGCACACGUAACCGAGUGUCUCCUGGAAAAGGAGUGGCCACAACAGCUUCAGGGAGAAACAAACUCUCAGGCCCCUCACCGUGCACGAGAAGGCCGUGCCAUCCAGGGGUGCAGUGUUUUGAGAGCAAUUAUGUCUCAGCAGGCUUCGUCUGUGGGCCCUGCCCCCUGGGUCUCCAUGGAAAUGGACUAAUAUGCAACAGGAGUGCAACAGCAGGUCAAUGGACAGUCACCAGUGGAUCAAAUUCCAACAUGUUCUCUUCAUCAUCUCCCCACUUACCCAGAAGUCACUCUGACAGAAGGACUAAACCAGAAUCUAGUAUCAGGAGUCUUUCCUCCUCUGACAGAAAUACCACAGCAGCCUCACAGAACCAAAAUCAAACUGCAACCACAAUUGUCACCACUUCUGUCCAUCUAAGUCAGCUUACUGAAGGCGACCUGAGCCCUGAUGUCACCAUGGGUCACAGUGUAACCUGUGCCCACUCUCUCUGCUUCCCUGGUGUUCGCUGUGAGCCCACCAUCACAGGCUCCUUCAAGUGUGGCCGCUGCCCUCCUGGUUACACCGGAGAUGGCGUUAUAUGUAAAGCUGUGUGUCGCUAUCAGUGUGGAAAGAACAAGGAAUGUACUCGGCCCAACUCUUGCACCUGCAAGCAAGGAUACACUGGAUAUAACUGCAACACAGCUGUGUGCAUGCCUGACUGCAAGAACCAAGGCAGGUGUGUGGAACCUAACGUGUGUGAAUGUCCUAUGGGCUACAGUGGACCAAUCUGUGAAGAAGCGAGCUGUGAGCCGCACUGUCAGCAUGGAGGCACUUGUCUGACUAGAAACCUAUGCACCUGCUCAUACGGCUAUGUGGGACCCAGAUGUGAAAUCAUGGUGUGUAACAGGCACUGUGAAAAUGGAGGUGAGUGUGUUUCUCCUGAUACCUGCAAAUGCAAGCCUGGCUGGUUUGGACCAACAUGCAACUCAGCUCUCUGUAACCCCGUCUGUCUGAAUGGAGGAACAUGCAAUAGGCCCAACACCUGCACCUGUCCCAGUGGCUUCUACGGCUCUCAGUGUCAAAUUGCUGUGUGCAAUCCUCCUUGCAAGAACAGAGGCCAGUGUAUGAGAAACAAUGUGUGUUCCUGUCCUACUGGCUACACGGGAAAAAGGUGCCAAAAAAGUGUUUGUGAACCAAUGUGCAUGAACCAAGGCAAGUGUGUUGGUCCCAACAUGUGUUCCUGUGCAUCAGGAUGGAAGGGGAACAGGUGCAGCAUACCUGUCUGCCUGCAAAUGUGUAAAAAUGGUGGUGAGUGUGUGGGACCAAACACCUGUCAGUGUCCCAGUGGGUGGGAAGGACUUCAGUGUCAAACACCGGUGUGCAAACUGCGCUGCAUGAAUGGAGGUAGGUGCGUCCUACCUGACUACUGCCACUGCCGGAAAGGCUACAAGGGCCUCACCUGCACUAUAAAGGCAUCACAACCAUGAUGAGGCUUCAGAAUACACAGAAGAGACUAAUGUGUGUGUCUGCACGUGUGCGUUUAUGUAUCAAGGUGACACUCACUCACACUCAGCCUUGGCAGCACGUCACCCCCAGCUUCAUGCACCUUCACUGGCUUCCAACAAAUGACCAUAUCUCAGACAAAUUCCUCUCCUGCAAUUCCCUCCAUGCCCUCGCUUUCCGGAAUACUUAUUGGACCUUCUCCUCUCUUACACCCCAUCAUAUAUUGUGCAGUCCACAUACACGGGCCUCUCUUCAUAUCCUACACCAGACUGCGGUAUUUUGAGGACAGAUCCCACUCUGGAUUUUACUUCCCCUGAGAUCCGCAACACCCCCAUCUCUGGGUAGUUUUAAAGCACAUCUGAAAUUUCACACUUUUCAGCAGGUGUUUGGUUUUCUGUCUUAAUUUGUGUAAAGCAACCCUGGGUUCAUUGGAAGGCGCUGUACAAAUUUCAGCUGUUGGGUGAUUCUUAGACUACGGGCACUUAUUAUGUCCUUUGAUCAUUUUGUAUGAAAAACAGAAAAAAGGGGAAAUUUCACACUUUUAUAGUUAUCUU